CUGAAGAACGUCACUCCAAAAUUAGAAGUGGUAACGAAGAAGGCAGUAGAAGAUGAAGUUGAUAACUUGUCGACGAAAAACCAAGUGGUAGAGGUUGUUUCUGAUGAAUUGAAUAGAGAGAAGGUUGAAGCAUCAAGUAAUGCUCAUGAUUUGCCCGUUCCUAAGUCCCGCCAAUCUAAUUUUGUUAAUACAAUCAUCGAGAAAGAGAAACCAAAGUCCAGGAAGAAAGGAUUGUUUGAUUCAGAUUCGGAUGAAGA